AAUAACAAAGGGUGGAAGUAGAUUCUUUUGGCAUGCCAAGAAAGUAUCUUGAUUUUAUAAACAAAACAGCCAUAAUUUUUUAUUUUUUUUAUUUUGUUUUUUGAACAGCCAAAACAGCCAUAAUUGAUUCCAGACAGAGACACUGUCACCAUUAACAAAUCCAUCCUCUGUUUUCUUUCUAGGGUUUCAUUACCGUUUCAUUAUUUCUUUAAUCCCAAUUUUCACCCAUGCUCAAUUUCAACCACCACCCACUAAAUCUCCCAAUUUCAAUAUCAUCCACCGAUAACUAAAUCAUCCAAUUCAAGGUAUAUUUUACUUUUUAUUCAAGAUGCAAUAGCAGUAGCGUAUAAUCUCUUUUGACUCAGUCUCGCCGGCUGAAACGUCGUCGUAUGCUAUUGUCUUGAUCGUUUAUUACCUAACAUAAAAGGGUUUUCAAGUAUCUGAAGAAACAAAGAUUUCGGAUCCUAAUUUUGUAAUUCGGGUCCCUAAUUUGGGGGUUUCUGUGGGUUUUGUUUGGAUCAGAUUAAAGGUAUCAGAUUGAGAUUUUAUACUUAUUUUAGUUCAUAUUAAUAGUGAAUGUGUUCCUCUUGAGUUGUUGAAUAUUAUAAAGGAUAGGAUCAUAGAACUAUAGAAGUGAAUUAUUGGUUACUAGAUUAGUUUGAUAGAUUCUGUUGGUGCUUUAAAGUCGGAAACGUUUCGGUGAAAUAUGGGUGGGAUUUGUGUUAAGCCGGCUGGUGGGAGCCCGUGGGAAAGACGGUCGAGUAAACGGUCAUCAGAAUCGCGAUUAACGCAGUCGAGGAGGGAGGAAAGUUUUAGGGUGAAAACUCGAGCCGAGGUUAGAACAGGGUCAGUCGAUAAAAGAUUAAAUUCUUCUAGGCGGGUGCGCGAUGAUCAUUUCGAUAGUAUUUCGAGUAUUAGGACAGUUCCGAAGUCUGUCGUAGGUGAACAGAUAGUUGCAGGGUGGCCUUCUUGGCUUGCUGAGGUGGCAGGUGAAGCUAUCAACGGAUGGUUGCCGCGUAAAGCGGAUACGUUCGAGAAGUUGGAUAAGAUUGGUCAAGGAACGUAUAGCAACGUAUACAAGGCUCGCGAUCUAAUAACCAACAAGAUUGUUGCGUUGAAAAGGGUGCGGUUUGAUAAUAAAGAUUUAGAGAGCGUUGUUUUUAUGGCAAGGGAGAUCCUUAUCUUGCGAAGGCUUGAUCAUCCGAAUAUAAUUAAACUUGAAGGAUUAAUAACUUCGCAAACUUCAUGCAGUUUAUAUCUUGUUUUCGAGUAUAUGGAACAUGAUCUAACUGGACUUGUAACACUACCUGGGGUCAAGUUCACGGAAUCACAGGUUAAAUGUUACAUGAACCAGCUGCUAAACGGACUUGAUCAUUGUCAUAGCCACGGUGUCCUGCACCGGGACAUAAAGGGGUCGAAUCUUUUGAUCGACAAUAACGGAAUCUUAAAAAUUGCCGACUUUGGGUUGGCAAAUUUUUUUAAACAAAGUCAAACCGUUUCAUUGACCAGCCGGGUUGUGACUCUGUGGUAUCGACCACCAGAGUUACUACUCGGAGCAACUCAUUAUGGAGUCGGUGUGGACUUAUGGAGUGCAGGAUGCAUUCUCGGAGAAUUAUACGCUGGUAAACCUAUCAUGCCCGGUCGAACUGAGGUUGAGCAACUGCAUAGGAUUUUUAAGCUUUGUGGUUCACCGCCUGACAGCUACUGGAUAAAGUCAAAGUUACCGCACUCAACAGCGUACAAACCGGUCCAGCCUUAUAAAAGACGUAUUUUAGAAGUCUUUAAAGAUUUUCCUCCAGCUGCUAUUGGCCUUAUGCAGACUUUACUUGCAAUAGAUCCCGAAGAACGAGGAACCGCAGCACUCGCUUUGAAGAGUGAGUUCUUUACGACAAAACCACUUGCGUGUGAUCCUUCAAGUUUGCCGCAAUAUCCUCCCAGCAAAGAAAUUGACGCGAAAAGGAGAGAAGAAGAAGCUAAAAGACAAAGGGCAGCAAGAAUGAACGGUCAAAAGCUUGAUAAGGAAAGUGGGGGAGCGCAAGAAACCGGUGCGGUGCCAGCUCAUGAUGCCAAUGCUGAGCUGGCCAGAUCAACUCGGGUACCUGUAUCUAUAGAGCCGCCCAAGGGUUUAAACGACGGUGCGAAACGCUCUCCACCAAUGAGGGGGUCUUAUUCAGGGCCGUUGGCAGCAGGUGUAAAUUCCGCUCGAAGUAAAGCCGUCGGAUAUAAAGACGUUCCUUCUCAACCAACAAAAUAUCUACACGUUCCCCAAAACAUGGGUGGUCCGUGCAGGGUAGGAAGCGGGAGAGCUAGUAUGAAGGAAGCAAAUAUGGACGGUGACGGAUACAAGGGAAACAAGAUCCAAUUCUCGGGACCGCUGGUUUCGUCAAACGUGGAUCAGAUGCUUAAGGAUCAUGACCGCCAUAUCCAACAAGCUGCUAGGAGAGCACGCCUUGAGAGGACCAGGCUCAGCGAAGUUGAGGCUGAAAUGGCUAGAAACACGGUGUAUCCGUCUAGCCGGAUAGCCAAGUAAAAACUCCACCGGUCCGUAGAGAGGGUGCGGUCAACAGAAUCGUUUGUGUAUAGCAACUGUUGAUUUAAGUCGACUAUUUUAUUAUCUUUCUGGAAUGUUUGGGUCCGUUGGUAUCUUCGAAAAUAUAGGAACAAGCAGUAAGUAACAUGUUUUUGAGGCAGGAUGCUUUUUUAGAGAAAUGCUAAAUAAUGGUGUAAAGAGCAA